GCACUUGGAUAGGUUAAAUUCAGAGGACAAACUCACAGUAUGAGUUAAUAACAGCCAGGUGUGUCGAAACUAAACUCUACAGGAGCUUUACAGACUCACAGACACGCCUGUUUUACACACGUCACUCAAACACAGAACCAGGACACAGGAAUCAUGUGAUUUUAGGGAAAGAGAAACUGAAGCGAGGUUGCGCUGUUGUGUGUUUUUCUCUCUGUAAUCAAGCUGUAAAAUGGCCGAAGCCAGAUUUUCUCAGGAUGAGUUGAUGUGUCCAGUGUGUCAGGGUCUCCUGAAGGACCCAGUGACCAUUCCCUGUGGACACAGUUACUGUGAGAGCUGUAUAACAGGCCACUGGGAUCAGGAGGAUCAGAAGAGAGUCUACAGCUGCCCUCAGUGCAGAAAGACCUCCAGUCCAAGACCUGCUUUAGCUAGAAACACCAUGCUGACUAAAGUGGUGGAAAAAAUGAAGAAGAGGAAACGUCCUGCUGACUGUGACGCUGGAGCUGGGGAUGUGCAGUGUGACGUCUGUACUGGAAGAAAAUAUAAAGCCCUCAAGUCCUGUCUGGUGUGUCAAGAAUCAUACUGUCAAUCUCAUUUUGACCAUCAUGAAGAAUUUCAUUCACGUAAGCCACACAAAGUGACUGAUGCCACUGGACGACUGCAGGAGAUGAUCUGCCAGAAACAUGAGAAGAUCCUUGAGGUUUUCUGUCGCACUGACCAGAAAUGUAUAUGUGUGCUGUGUACGACAUAUGAACAUAAAGACCACGACACUGUAUCAGCUGCAGAUCAGAGGACAGAGAAACAGAAGCAGCUGAAGGAGACACAGAAGACGUUCCAGCAGAGAAUCCAGCAGAGAGAGAAAGAUCUUCAGAAGCUGAGAGAGUCUGUGGAGUCUCAUAAGACAGCAGUGGAGGACAGUAAGAAGAUCUUUACUGAGCUGAUAGAGAGGAAGCCGCUCUGA